GGGGAAAGAGUGGUUUCAAAAAAAAAAAACAGAGAGAAAUUCGCUCAAAAAAAAAAAAAAAACCUCUUGAGAGAGAAAGAAAGAUAGAGCGAUAAAAUGUGGUUUUUUACACGCUAACUUGUUUGUCCUCUCACAACUUUUCGUUAUUUCAGAUCUCAAAUUCUUCUGUAACGAAGCCUGGGUGGGUCUAACUUCAAACCUUUUCAUUCGCCUUCAUCUAAUCAUUCUCUAUUGCCCAUUUUCUGGGAAACAAGGAUUUUUUUUUUCCUUUCUAUAAUAGUCUGAUUUCAUGUAUGAAUAGAAUAUAGAGCUUGCGAUCUAAGCUUUUUAAGAGCUAAAUGGGUUCCCGAAAACGAACCCCAUCAUCGUCUUCUUCCCUCGGAACUGACAUGUCUACAUCAGGCCUUGCUGAAAAGCAUCAGCAGGAUCUAGAAAACUUGGCACUGGCAACACAACCCUUAAGAACUAUGAAGCUUUUUGUUUUGGCUGUAUUGCAAUAUAUUAAGAGAUCAAUAUCAUAUUUGUUGGCAAAAGGUGGUUGGCUUAUGCUUCUGAGUGUUGUUGCAUUGGCUAUUGGGAUUCUUCUUAUGACCAUCGAUGGGCCUCAUGAGAAGCAUGUAGAAGAGCUUGUAAAAUAUUUUCAGUUUGGAUUGUGGUGGAUUGCUCUCGGAGUUGCAUCUUCUAUUGGUCUUGGAUCUGGGUUGCACACUUUUGUCCUCUACCUCGGUCCUCAUAUUGCUUUCUUCACCAUUAAAGCAAUGCAGUGUGGACGUGUUGAUUUAAAAACUGCUCCAUAUGACACAAUACAACUGAAAAAAGGUCCAUCGUGGCUUGAUAAGGACUGUUCUGAGUUUGGACCCCCACUGUUUCCGUUAGUCGAUGGAUUGCGGGUUCCUCUUAGGAACAUAUUAGCACAGGUCCAGAUAGAGGCUGUCCUAUGGGGCAUUGGGACUGCAAUAGGGGAGCUUCCUCCAUAUUUUAUUUCACGGGCAGCUAGCAUGUCUGGUAAUAGGUUGGAUGCCAUGGAAGAAUUGGAUGGCUCUUCAAAUGAGGAUAGUGGAUUUAUAGCUACUCAUUUGAACAAAAUCAAGCGCUGGCUUCUAUCGCAUGCUCAACAUUUGAACUUCCUCACCAUCUUAGUGCUUGCUUCGGUGCCAAAUCCUCUAUUUGACCUUGCUGGCAUCAUGUGUGGACAAUUUGGAAUUCCAUUCUGGACAUUUUUUCUUGCAACAUUGUUGGGGAAGGCAGUUAUCAAGACUCACAUACAGACGGUUUUCAUAAUCGGAGUUUGUAAUAAUCAACUUCUUAAUUGGAUAGAGAAUGAAUUGAUUUGGCUUCUUAGUUUCAUCCCUGGUUUAGCAUCAGUGCUCCCCAACGUAAUUUCCAAACUCAACGCAGUGAAAGAGAAGUAUCUCACAGCCACAGCCACACCCGUGUCCUCAAAUAUCAAGGUGAAAAAGUGGGAUUUCUCAUUCACUUCAAUAUGGAACACGGUGGUGUGGCUCAUGCUCGUGAACUUUUUUGUGAAGAUUGUGAACGCAACUGCGCAGAGGUAUUUGAAGAAACAACAGGAGAAGGAGAUGGAGAUGUUGGUGCUAACAAGUAAAUCAUAGGCAUCAAAAUGGAAUUGGCCAUGGCUGACCAUGUUCUUUGCUUGCUUGAUAGCGAGGAACUUUGAUUCUUACUCUUAAAUAUAAUUAAUACAUUCUAUUAUUUCUAUGUUACCAUUUUUAGUGAUAGAAAUUGUUAGUAGUAGAUGAUGAUUAUGAUGAUGUAGCAAGCAGUUACUUGAUCACUUGAGCAGGAAGAAGGCAUAAUUGGUCUACAGUACACCCCAACUUUUCUGCAUGCAUAAAAGUGUCAUUGUGAGAAGCUUGUAUAGGAAGAUGAUGAAGAAGAAGAAGAAAAGCCAUUCUCUGUUUUAUUUUUUGGGGGAUGUGUUAUUUUUGGGUGGUUUUUUACCCUUUCUCAACAAAUUGUUGAAUUGAAUCCUGGAAACUGAAAUAUUUGAUAUUUUUUUACAAAGCACGAUAAUAUCUUUCAUAUA